AUGUGCACGGCACAGAGGCACUACCAAAAAGAUGCCGAUGGAUUAUGUACACAAUUAACCAAGAGUUUACCUAAAAAAGGCAAACAAGAAUUUUGUAUUGAUACAAAAUCUUUUAUUGAUGCCGGAUGGGUUAUACAGGAACAGGAGUUACAGUUAAAUGAAACAAUUGGUAAAGGAGAAUUUGGUGAUGUAUUAUUGGGAGUGUACAGAGGAGAAAAAGUAGCUGUUAAAAUGUUAAAAGACUCUAGCGUAGAAGCUCAAAAAUUCCUAACAGAAGCUUUACUUAUGACGUCUUUGAGGCAUGAAAAUUUGGUUGAACUUCUUGGACUCGUAUUAAAUGAAAAACAUCUAUUGCUAGUUACUGAAUACAUGGGUAAAGGUAGUCUCGUUGAAUAUUUACGAUCAAGGGGAAGACUCCAUGUCACCAAAAAAGAUCAAAUUAAUUUUGCCGUUGAUACGUGUAGCGGUAUGGAAUAUUUAGAGUUUAGAAAAGUAGUGCAUAGAGAUUUAGCUGCUCGAAAUGUUUUAAUAUCAGAAGCCGGAGUAGCUAAAGUAGCUGAUUUUGGAUUGGCACGUGAAGAAAAUUAUAUUGUGGAUGCUGGAAAAUUGCCCAUCAAGUGGACUGCCCCUGAAGCACUUAGACAAGGGGUGUUCUCAAAUAAAUCAGAUAUGUGGAGUUUUGGAGUUCUACUAUGGGAAAUUUAUUCUUUCGGCCGAGUUCCUUAUUCUAGAAUACCUUUAAUUGACGUAGUAAAGCAUGUAGAAAAAGGUUAUCGUAUGGAAGCUCCUGAGUGUUGUCCUCCAGAAAUAUAUGAAAUUAUGAGACAAGCAUGGGACUUAUUGCCUGAUCGAAGACCAACAUUUAAGGAUGUUAAGACCAAAUUAGCACAGUUAAAAGUUGUAACUAUUAAUUAGGAGUGACACUGACUAAUUUCUAAUGUAUAACAAUAUAUCUGUGCACUAACUUUGUGUAUAUCUGUAAAGUAUAAAAUUUAAUUAAUGUUUAUGAGCUAGUCUUUAUUUUA